GACGAAAAAGUCCUUGCGAAUAAGCAGGCAACUUGGUGGUAUCAUCACAUUCAUCUCUGUUUUCUGUUUUUGUUGAAUUUCUCUUUCUGAUUGAAGAAAGAAGGAGAAAUGGAUCAAGUAUUCAACAAGGUUGGAUCCUAUUGGUUCAAUCAGAAAGCCAGCAAGGAGCUUAAUUCCGUCGGUGAUGAAAUCAAUUCACUGUCCAACAGUAUUGAAGGCGGAACCAAAUGGUUGGUCAACAAAGUAAAAGGAAAAAUGCAGAAGCCAUUACCAGAGUUGUUAAAGGAGUAUGAUCUACCAAUAGGAAUCUUUCCUCGUGAUGCAACAAACUACGAAUUUAACGAAGAGACGGGAAAGCUUGAAGUCUUCAUCCCUCAGGUCUGCGAAGUAGGCUAUAAGGAUUCAUCCGUCUUGCGUUUCUUCACCACCGUUACUGGUUAUCUGGAGAAAGGAAAGCUAGCAGACAUCGAGGGAAUGAAGACAAAAGUAAUUAUCUGGGUAAAAGUGACAACCAUUUUCUCCGAGGGAUCAAAGCUCUAUGUGACUGCUGGCAUGAAGAAAACAAGGAGUAGGGAAGCAUAUGAUGUUACAAGAGAUGGUGUACCUGUAGAUAAGUUCUAAAACUUUCAUAUGAUAAUCUGUAAAAGCCUUUGUUGUUUUAUACACCAUUUUAAGUCUUUUUGUAUGGUUGGGUUGUGAUUUGAGAAAUGUGGAAAGUCUCUUUAGUAUUCGAUGAUUAUGAUCAAUUAACUGUUGCUGUUUGGUAGUUUACAUCUUCACUAAUUUUUCACA